AUGAAGUUGCCAGAUAAGCAGCAUCCUUCCUUGGAGAUUAGAGAUGGGUCGGACUUGCCAACCCCUUUCAGAAAUCCUUUCGUUCACGAGUUACGAUUCACCCCCUUGGAGAAAAUCAGGGUAAGCAACCGUUCAGCUUUUGACGACAUCGUAUUUUAUGAACAUUCAAAGUAUUUUUUAAAUGUUUUAUUUUGCCAGCUAGCUGGUCAGUUAACGGCACUCUGUGCUACAGUAGCUAGCAGCUAACUAGCAUGCUAGUUAGGUACUUGAUGUUCUCCGCCCACCAAGUGUUCUAUGCCUUUCAAGCGUGCCGCUGAACGUUAUGGUCGAAGCUGGUAUCUAGAAUGAUUGGUAUAUAUUGACCAUAAGUUACAUGUAGGGACUAAACUAAAAUCUAUACAUAUGGUGUCUUUUAUGGAGAUGUGAUUCUAUAAAGAAGAAGAGUUUUCAUUUGCAAAACAUCAGAGCCAACCUAUUGAUAAGAGCCAACCGCUCUGGAUAAGAGCGUCUGCUAAAUGAUGUAAUGUAAAUGUGAUCUUGAUUCUCAUCAUUUGCAUUUCAAACGUUUGCAGUGGAUUUCCAUGUCCAAUAGCAGUUAACUGUAAAACUGUCCUAAAUGACUGAACAGCCUUCACUGUUCAAGGGAGGCUUGCCUACUGUGGCUUUUGAAUAGAUCUGGGUCACACACACGUUCUUUCUCUUUCACACACACGGAGGGGAGGGGGGUGGGUGGGGGGGGGGUUGACAGGUCAUUGACAGGUCAUUGACAGGUCAUUGACAGGUCAUUGACAGUUUGGUGUAAACAAAAGGGGUUUGAGCCAGGGAAUGGAUAAUUGAGUCCCUGUGUUUACAUCAAAUGGUCCAUGUAUUGCCAGUGUUGCCUUUUGCCCACCUCUCUCAAUUCAAUUUCAAUUCAAUUUAAGGGCUUUAUUGGCAUGGGAAACAUGUUUACAUUGCCAAAGCAAGUGAAAUAGAUAAUAAACAAAAGUGAAAUAAACAAUAUAAAAUUAACAGUAAACAUUACACUCACAAAAGUUCCAAAAGAAUAAAGACAUUUCAAGUGUCAUUGUCGAUAUACAGUGUUGUAAUGAUGUGCAAAUUGUUAAUGUACAAAAGGGAAAAUAAAUAAACAUAAAUAUAGGUUGUAUUUACAAUGUUGUUUGUUAUUCACUGGUUGCCCUUUUCUUGUGGCAACAGGUCACAAAUCUUGCUGCUGUGAUUGCACACUAUGGUAUUUCACCCAAUAGAUAUGGGAGUUUAUCAAAAUUGGAUUUGUUUUUUAAUUAUUUGUGGGUCUGUGUAAUCUGAGGGAAAUAUGUGUCUCUAAUAUGGUCAUACAUUUGGCAGGAAGUUAGGAAGUGUACCAAUACUCAGCUAGCGUUCUUCCUGGAAGUGCAGGAAAUGUGGUUUGUCCCGUUCCUGUCUCCAUGGCCUCUCUGCUCUCACACAGCCCCAGGACCAGGGUGUGUCCCAGUCACUCUCAGCCAUAUACUGUACACUACAGCAACGCUCUCCAACCCUGUUCCUGGAGCGCUACCCUCCUGUAGGUUUUCACUCCAACCCCAGUUGUAACUAACCUGAUUCAGCUUAUCAAGCAGCUAAUUAUUAGAAUCAGGUGUGCUAGAUUAGGGUUGGAGUGAAAACCUACAGGACGGUUAAUCUCCAGGAACAGGGUUGGAGAGCCCUGCCCUACAGGGUCCAGGAAACUGGCCUCCGUUUUGGCACAGAACAUUUUGUGCCAGCAGUGGAAGAGGAACACGGCAAACAAGUUUACUCCUGCAGCAGGAGGCAUGCUUUACACACACACACACACACACACACACACACACACACACUGCACACAGAGACAAGGGGCAGAACGUGACUCGAUAAAGUAGCAGAACGUGACUUGAUAAAGGAGCACAAAGGACUGAGACUUUGGAACAGUAUUUAGCUUUUGAAUCUGGUGCUAAUUAUUUCAGUCUCUGGAUCUAGGCCAAGCCUUAUUAAAUGUGCGUUUCUAUUUUAUUCUAACAUGAGCACGUUGGCUUUUUAAAAUAGUAUUUCUUAGAAGACAGUCAGUGUAUUCAAUUGCAUUGUUAUCGUUUGUUGCAUGUUUCUGUCAAAGAUUACAUCUAAAUUAUCAUUAAACUCAGAUCAAAGUUAUAGUUAGGCUAGUUGGACAGAAAAAGGUGCUGGAGUAGACACAUACACACACUCUUGGGCCAAUCAGAGAUGUGAAGGUUGCUAGUUGAGUCAGUAAACUGUAACAGGUGUCUGUCUGAGUCUUGUUCUCACUAGCCUACUACCUGCUGUUACUGUGGAGUUGUCAGUGUGUUUUUCCAUUCUAUGUAGACACACACACUGGUUCAUUUAAGAACUGUCUCUCUCUCUGCCUGAACAUAAACACUACUUCCCUUCAUGCCGCUGACGACAGAGCCGUAUGACUGGGUGACGUGUGUGUGUGUGUGUGUGUGUCACACCAACACGUGUAAGCACAUUCCUCCCUCAGGCCUCUCUUGCUCUCUCCCAGAUGGCCUGUUUUUACAAAACAACAAAAACACCUCAAAUGAAUUAACGUCACAAUGAACCAACACACUGAACCAACAAAACAAAACAUCCCAAAUAAAGAUGUCACUCACUGACUGAACAGCUGAGGGGUCUGUAUUGUAGUAGCUGGUCUCUGUCUGUUUGCCAUUUAGCCUAAUGAUAAAGUAUUUGCAUUCUUUGAUGUGCCUGUUUGUGUGUGUUGACAUUAGUAAGGUUAGUUAGCCCUUGCAGAACUGAAGUCCUUCUGGUUUGCAUUUCUCCCUGGCUGCAAUGAUAAUUUAACUAAAUAAUAACAGCCGCUUCAGCUUGUGAACAGCUAAUAAGCACUUCAAGCUGUUGGUUCAUUAUACUGACAGACAGGAGGAGAGGGGGAUCUGGGGCUAUCCCUCACAGACCGGGAGGGAGAGGGGUGGAGGAAGAAGAGAAGGUAGCAUGGCAGAUACACAUUGACUUUCAGUCAUUGCGCUAAUGCUAGUUAGCAUUGGCUUGCGAAACUACCUCUAACUACCUUCAUACUGGACACAGAGACAUGAAAAUGGUAUCCACAAGUUCAUCUGACUCUGGGGAAGUAGAUAAAGGGCCUCAUUGCCAAAAUCCCGAUGUAUCACUUUAAUGCAGUGGGCUAAAUCAGGGUCACGCAGACGGUUUCUUGGUAGUCUUAAACAAAUCUACUUUGAAACAAAAGUGUACACCUCACACCCAUGGUUAUUGGCUUAAAAAACAUACACCUGUACCAUGUCAGAUAGAGUUGAAAUGUAUUCAAUUUUGAGUUUGCAUCCCAAUAUUACACUUUAUGUACAUCACAGAAGACUGAAAUACAUAACAAAACGUCUAGUGUGUUUAUUGAGCUGUACACUGAGUUUACUAUUCAGAGAUGCUUAUUGGGGUCAAUAUUCCCCUCCAGUGAGGCAUCUUUUCAACAUGUGGCCAAGAAAUUCAGCUGAUAUCUUAUCCCAAUCUCUUUAUAGACUUUUAUCCAUGAACACCCUGAAGAAGGCACAGUGAUGCUGAAACGUUGGCGUUUUACCCAAUAAAUUACUGGGAGUUUAUUUAUAUAGAGUGUGCGACUCUCUUUAUUUCAGAUUUUAUUUAUUUCACAUUCCCAGUGGGUCAGAAGUUUACAUAAUAAUAACAUACACUCAAUUAGUAUUUGGUAGCAUUGCCUUUAAAUUGUUUAACUUGGGUCAAACAUUUCGUGUAGCCUUCCACAAGCUUCCCACAAGAAGUUGGGUGAAUUUUGGCCCAUUCCUCCUGACAGAGCUGGUGUAACUGAGUCAGGUUUGUAGGCCUCCUUGCUCGCACACGCUUUUUCAGUUCUGCCCACAAGUUUUCUAUAGGAUUGAGGUCAGGGCUUUGUGAUGGCUACUCCAAUACCUUGACUUUGUUGUCCUUAAGCCAUUUUGCCACAACUUUGGAAGUAUGCUUGGGAUCAUUGUCCAUUUGGAAGACCAUUUGCGACCAAACUUUAACUUCCUGACUGAUGAGAUGUUGCUUCAAUAUAUCCACAUAAUUUUCCUUCCUCAUGAUGCCAUCUAUUUUGUGAAGUGCACCAGUCCCUCCUGCAGCAAAGCACCCCCACAGCAUGAUGCUGCCACCCCCUGUGCUUCACGGUUGGGAUGGUGUUCUUCGGCUUGCAAGCGACCCCUUUUUUCCUCCAAACAUAACGAUGGUCAUUAUGGGCAAACGGUUCUAUUUUUGUUUCAUCAGACCAGAGGACAUUUCUCCAAAAAGUACGAUCUUUGUCCCCAUGUGCAGUUGCAAACCGUAGUCUGGCUUUUUUAUGGCAGUUUUGGAGCAGUGGCUUCUUCCUUGCUGAGCGGCCUUUCAGGCCUUUCAGGUUGUCGAUAUAGGACUCGUUUUACUGUGGAUAUAGAUACUUUUGUACCUGUGUCCUCCAGCAUCUUCACAAGGUCCUUUGCUGUUCUGGGAUUGAUUUGCACGUUUUGCACCAAAGUACGUUCAUCUCUAGGAGACAGAACGCGUCUCCUUCCUGAGCGGUAUGAUGGCUGUGUGGUCCCAUGGUGUUUAUACUUGCGUACUAUUGUUUGUACAGAUGAACGUGGUACCUUCAGACGUUUGGAAAUUGCUCCCAAGGAUGAACCAGACUUGUGGAGGUCUACACAUUUUUUUCUGAGGUCUUGGCUGAUUUCUUUUCAUUUCCCAUUUCCCAGGCACUGAGUUUGAAGGUAGGCCUUGAAAUACAUCCACAGGUACACCUCCAAUUGACUCAAAUUAUGUAAAUUAGCCUAUUAGAAGCUUCUAAAGCCAUGACAUCCUUUUCUGGAAUUUUCCAAGCUGUUUAAAGGCACAAUCAACUUAGUGUAUGUAAACUUCUGACCCACUGGAAUUGUGAUUCAGUGAAUUAUAAGUGAAAUAAUUUGUCUGUAAACAAUUGUUGGAAAAAUUACUUUCGUCAUGCACAAAGUAGAUGUCCUAACCGACUUGCCAAAACUAUAGUUUGUUAACAAGAAAUGUGUGGAGUGGUUGAAAAAUGAGUUUUAAUGAUUCCAACCUAAGUGUAUGUAAACUUCUGACUUCAACUAUAUAUAGUGCAUGAAAGUUACUAGCUACACAGGCUACAAUGGCGUUCUAUGAAACCUGUACACACGUUGCACUAUGUAACUAACAUUAUAGUAAUAACUACACAUUCUAGCUAUAACAAUAAAACCAGUAAUCAAUACAAAUAUCGCUACUUACAAGUAAUGUCCAACAGCAAUAAGGCCUCCCUUGCUUGCUCGAAUGAGUCUUCCACCAAAACAAGUCCACCUGCUGAAAAGCAACUAGCCAUGUUUUGUUGGGGUCCAAGCAUUUUGGUGGGGGAUGGGCAGUGCUGGCUAUGUAUAUGUGACCCAAAAACCAUCAGGAUAGACGGAAUGAAAAAUACCUAUUCAAUUGUUUACUAGAUCGAUACAAAAGCGCAGCGCGCCAGUGGGUCAUGUGUGCCUUGCAUACAAGCCACCCUCAACACUGUUGUCUGAGGCACGUGCUGAGUCACUGCGUAGGGAUGGAUACGCAUACAUGCUGUGUCGUGAUACUUCAACCGAAUAGGACAUACAUUGUUGGAAAUCUGAAAGACUGUAGAAACCGAAUAUGCAUAGGUGCUGCUCAGAAUAUUUGCUCAUCUUUCCCAGAAAUCAAUUUUAUGAGUAGCCAAAACGUCCCACGUUAGCAUUAGCCAUUUUGGACUAUGCGAAUGAGGACAUUCCAGUACAUCUGAAAGGAUUAUCAAAAGAUCAUCAUGGAUCAAUUACAUAACAGCCAAAGCUUCAAUAAAAGGUAAGUCAUGUUUUUUAACCAAUGGUUUAUUGGAAAAUGUAUUGUUGUGAUCAACCCGGAUGUGCAUGGGUUUCAAUGGCUGACAUGUAAGCAGGGAAAAUAUAUAAUAUAGAUUUUUUUAAAUUGAAACUUUUGAAAGUUUGUGUAUUGGAAAAGGAGUUCUCAAAGUAGAUUUCUCAGUUUUGGUGCAAUUUUUACAUGUAGGUGUGAGGGAGACUGAGGGGCCCUGCUGACAGCUUGCGAUUUAUGGCCCUGUGUUGGAGGGGAGAGAGGCUGAUAAAGAUUUCAACUGGUGAUUUGGCUAUCUGAGGGCCUGUUUGACAUCGACACACCAGAUUUUCAGCUUUUGGCCAUUCGACUGCAGGAAAAGGUUUUAAAAGACCUUCGCUUAAAAAAACUAAAAAAAGUGGUAAUAGUACAGUUUGUCCAUCUUGAGACGCCGUAGCCAGUAUACACGUCCUCAAAAUAGUCAUAAUUAAGAUUACUCAAGAAAUCUGUCAUUAAUUGAAGUUUUUGCAGAGGAAAUCUUAGUUGCACAUCUAACUACGAUGUUUGGUGCAGUAUUUCUCAAAUGAAAAAAUGUGCAUGAAACCGAGUAGUCUCUUGUUAAAUGACAACAAACACAAGAGGGAACUUCAUUGAAGAAUCCCUACUGUUGACCAAUCACCGACGAAGGGGCGUUGACUUUGCCUACCGAACUUCGGCUUGCCUCUGAACAUUUUUUGAAGACCAAACGAACAAAAACAUCACAACAUGUCGUCAUAAUAUAUGCACGAACUGUUUCGGAUGGGAAGCAUGCAGACACCUUUUAUAGGGCAGGAAGAUGCUUUCCUGCUGAGUAGACUCCGCCCCUACGUGUGUGUGUGUGUGUGUGUAGGGGGUGGAGAGCCUUCCCCUAAUGGCCCUUGCCAACCCUGGAGGAUGGGAGGAAGUGUGUGUGCCGUGCGUUUAAGGAAACAAAAGGCAUGCAUCUCUCUCUAUCUCUUGCAUGCCUCCUCUCUCUCACACACACCUCCACUAAGUCUCCUCCUGAAUAUUUCACACCACAAAGCUUUCCUUUUUAACUCCCUGAAUCCUCCCUCACAACAAACAUGGAGACCAGCUCACAAGAAUGGCAGUUGUAAAAGGCACGAUCUGAAAAUCGAGGACAGUUAUAAUUUUAUCUCUUGAUCUCAAUGACAUCACCAGCCAAUUCUAUAUUAACCCAAAAAAAGAUUUUGUGAGUGUAACGUUACUGUAUCUUAGCUAACAAUUAUUACAUACAUCUAUUAAUAGGGUUUGCGACACUUCCAGGAUCACAAGAUAGCUAGCUAGUGGCCUUGGAGGUUUCUCAGACGAUCUGAUGAGAAUCUAAGGAAGAUAUGCAACUUGUAACACAUUUUAACACUGAUUGUAAAAGCGCGUCCUUUUUUUGAGUAGCGGGAACGGUGCUCUGCUGCUAAAUAAAUAUAGGGGAAAGACUGAUUCUACAGGAGGGACUGAUAGUCAUAAUUCUGGUUAGGUUUUAGUCUGUAAUGGAGUUAUAACAGGAUUAUAACCUCAGUAGAAUGGCUGCUAGAUGUUUGUGUUAGUGUGCAGUUUGGAUGAGUCCAUUACAGAAGGGGGUGGUGGUCAGGUGGGUCGGUUAGGUGUUUUGGGGGAGUGUCAGAAACCAGCCCUAUUAAGAGUUUAUUUAUUUAUCUGGCCAUGCUGUCUGCACCUGGGGCUCACACAGAUAGAUGGAGAGGGAGGAGAAGGAAUACGAGUCCCCUGGGAGAGGAAAGGAGACCACAUCAUUGUAAUGUAGGGAGGCAGAGAGAGAGGGGGAAAUAUAUUUAUAGAGAAAGCAAUAGAGAGAGAAACAUGUACAGUAUUGAGAACAACACACUACUGUAGCACACAGUAGGAGAGAGAUGAGAUGGAGAUGGGGGAGAGGAAUAGAGGAGGGGGAUCUGAAAUAACAGUGUUGGCCGUGACAUUGUGGAGUGAUGGCAUGACACUGACACGCACACACAACCAUAUUCCUUGUAAGGGCAUGACAAGUCAAUAGUUAUCAGCUUUGACCUCAGAUGAUGCUUCGACCUUUGACCUUAAUGAUGUAAGCGUAAAUUAGUUUGGUACUAAAUGAACCGUUUUAUAUUUUUAUUUAAACCUGAAAUCACAUUGGAUUGGUUUGCGUUUUUUGUAGCAUUUCAGUAUGAGCUAUUGUAUGCGUGGACCAUGUGAUCAUGCUUACAUAAGGAGAAUAGAGUAAACAAGGAGAAGGCUAGGUGGGAUGACUAGCUGUAUGUCUGUCAUUGCUGGAUGGUUAGAGGCGAGCCUGAGUCUCUUCUUCAACAGAGCCAUUCCUGAUGGGUCAAUCUAAUUUGCUAGCUCUCUCCCCUCCUCCUCCCCGUGACUAACUUUCUUAGACUGCUCAUCUGUAGACCAGCACCACUCUGGAGAGAACAUAUAAGGCCCAAGGCAAAGCUAUACUAGUUGUACUUGUUUUCACGGAAAGAGAGGCUUUUCCUGACCUGUGUGGUGUGGGCUAAUCGCCUAAUUUGAAAAUGUGAGGAUCUGUACCUCUCUGUCUCCCUCUCGCUCCGUGUUUUUAUGAAUGAAUGCAUCACCAUUUGCUUUUGUCUCUGGCUCUCUCUCUCCCUCCCCCCCUCAGAUCGGUGUGAUGACGGUGACAGUGUUCCCAGUACGGUUGUUCUUUGCAGUGUUCCUCAUGUUGCUGGCCUGGCCCUUUGCUUUCACUGCCUGUCUGGGACGAUCUGAACUGGCCGUGGAGACCUGGUGGAGGAGGUGUGUGUGUGUGAGAGAGAAUUUAUUUAUAUAUAUAUAUACACACACAUACAGUGAGGGAAAAAAGUAUUUGAUCCCCUGCUGAUUUUGUACGUUUGCCCACUGACAAAUAAAUGAUCAGUCUAUAAUUUUAAUGGUAGGUUUAUUUGAACAGUGAGAGACAGAAUAACAACAAAAAAAUCCAGAAAAACGCAUGUCAAAAAUGUUAUAAAUUGAUUAGCAUUUUAAUGAGGGAAAUAAGUAUUUGACCCCUCUGCAAAACAUGACUUAGUACUUGGUGGCAAAACCCUUGUUGGCAAUCACAGAGGUCAGACGUUUCUUGUAGUUGGCCACCAGGUUUGCACACAUCUCAGGAGGGAUUUUGUUCCACUCCUCUUUGCAGAUCUUCUCCAAGUCAGGUUUCGAGGCUGACGUUUGGCAACUCAAACCUUCAGCUCCCUCCACAGAUUUUCUAUGGGAUUAAGGUCUGGAGACAGGCUAGGCCACUCCAGGACCUUAAUGUGCUUCUUCUUGAGCCACUCCUUUGUUGCCUUGGCCGUGUGUUUUGGGUCAUUGUCAUGCUGGAAUACCCAUCCAUGACCCAUUUUCAAUGCCCUGGCUGAGGGAAAGAGGUUCUCACCCAAGAUUUGACGGUACAUGGCCCGUCCAUCGUCGCUUUGAUGCGGUGAAGUUGUUCUGUCCCCUUAGCAGAAAAACACCCCCAAAGCAUAAUGUUUCCACUUCCAUGUUUGACGGUGGGGAUGGUGUUCUUGGGGUCAUAGGCAGCAUUCCUCCUCCUCCAAACACGGCAAGUUGAGUUGAUGCCAAAGAGCUCGAUUUUGGUCUCAUCUGACCACAACACUUUCACCCAGUUCUCCUCUGAAUCAUUCAGAUGUUCAUUGGCAAACUUCAGACGGGCCUGUAUAUGUGCUUUCUUGAGCAGGGGGACCUUGCGGGCACUGCAGGAUUUCAGUCCUUCACGGCGUAGUGUGUUACCAAUUUGUUUUCUUGGUGACUAUGGUCCCAGCUGCCUUGAGAUCAUUGACAAGAUCCUCCCGUGUAGUUCUGGGCUGAUUCCUCACCGUUCUCAUGAUCAUUGCAACUCCACGAGGUGAGAUCUUGCAUGGAGCCCCAGGCCGAGGGAGAUUGACAGUUCUUUUGUGUUUCUUCCAUUUGCGAAUAAUCGCACCAACUGUUGUCACCUUCUCACCAAGCUGCUUGGCGAUGGUCUUGUAGCCCAUUCCAGCCUUGUGUAGGUCUACAAUGUUGUCCCUGACAUUCUUGGAGAGCUCUUUGGUCUUGGCCAUGGUGGAGAGUUUGGAAUCUGAUUGAUUGAUUGCUUCUCUGGACAGUUGUCUUUUAUACAGGUAACAAGCUGAGAUUAGGAGCACUCCCUUUAAGAGUGUGCUCCUAAUCUCAGCUCGUUACCUGUAUAAAAGACACCUGGGAGCCAGAAAUCUUUCUGAUUUGAGAAGGGGUCAAAUACUUAUUUCCCUCAUUAAAAUGCAAAUAAAUUUAUAACAUUUUUGAAAAGCGUUUUUCUUGAUUUUUUUGUUGUUAUUCUGUCUUUCACUGUUCAAACAAACCUACCAUUUAAAAUUAUAGACUGAUCAUUUAUUUGUCAGUGGGCAAACGUACAAAAUCAGCAGGGGAUCAAAUACUUUUUUCCCUCACUGUGUGUGUAUAUAUAUGUAUAUGUAUAUGUGUGUAUAUAUACUGCUCAAAAAAAUAAAGGGAACACUAAAAUAACACAUCCUAGAUCUGAAUGAAUGAAAUAAUCUUAUUAAAUACUUUUUUCUUUACAUAGUUGAAUGUGCUGACAACAAAAUCAACAAAAAUGAUCAAUGGAAAUCAAAUUUAUCAACCCAUGGAGGUCUGGAUUUGGAGUCCCCCUCAAAAUGAAAGUGAAAAACCACACUACAGGCUGAUCCAACUUUGAUGUAAUGUCCUUAAAACAAGUCAAAAUGAGGCUCAGUAGUGUGUGUGGCCUCCACGUGCCUGUAUGACCUCCCUACAACGCCUGGGCAUGCUCCUGAUGAGGUGGCGGAUGGUCUCCUGAGGGAUCUCCUCCCAGACCUGGACUAAAGCAUCUGCCAACUCCUGGACAGUCUGUGGUGCAACGUGGCGUUGGUGGAUGGAGUGAGACAUGAUGUCCCAGAUGUGCUCAAUUGGAUUCAGGUCUGGGGAACGGGCGGGCCAGUCCAUAGCAUCAAUGCCUUCCUCUUGCAGGAACUGCUGACACACUCCAGCCACAUGAGGUCUAGCAUUGUCUUGCAUUAGGAGGAACCCAGGGCCAACCACACCAGCAUAUGGUCUCACAAGGGGUCUGAGGAUCUCAUCUCGGUACCUAAUGGCAGUCAGGCUACCUCUGGCGAGCACAUGGAGGGCUGUGCGGCCCCCCAAAGAAAUGCCACCCCACACCAUGACUGACCCACCGCCAAACCGGUCAUGCUGGAGGAUGUUGCAGGCAGCAGAACGUUCUCCACGGCGUCUCCAGACUCUGUCACGUCUGUCACAUGUGCUCAGUGUGAUUCUGCUUUCAUCUGUGAAGAGCACAGGGCGCCAGUGGCGAAUUUGCCAAUCUUGGUGUUCUCUGGCAAAUGCCAACGUCCUGCACGGUGUUGGGCUGUAAGCACAACCCCCACCUGUGGACGUCGGGCCCUCAUACCACCCUCAUGGAGUCUGUUUCUGAAUGUUUGAGCAGACACAUGCACAUUUGUGGCCUGCUGGAGGUCAUUUUGCAGGGCUCUGGCAGUGCUCCUCCUUGCACAAAGGCGGAGGUAGCAGUCCUGCUGCUGGGUUGUUGCCCUCCUACGGCCUCCUCCACGUCUCCUGAUGUACUGGCCUGUCUCCUGGUAGCGCCUCCAUGCUCUGGACACUACGCUGACAGACACAGCAAACCUUCUUGCCACAGCUCGCAUUGAUGUGCCAUCCUGGAUGAGCUGCACUACCUGAGCCACUUGUGUGGGUUGUAGACUCCGUCUCAUGCUACCACUAGAGUGAAAGCACCGCCAGCAUUCAAAAGUGACCAAAACAUCAGCCAGGAAGCAUAGGAACUGAGAAGUGGUCUGUGGUCACCACAUGCAAAACCAGUCCUUUAUUGGGGGUGUCUUGCUAAUUGCCUAUAAUUUCCACCUGUUGUCUAUUCCAUUUGCACAACGGCAUGUGAAAUGUAUUGUCAAUCAGUGUUGUUCCUAAGUGGACAGUUUGAUUUCACAGAAGUGUGAUUGACUUGGAGUUACAUUGUGUUGUUUAAGUGUUCCCUUUAUUUUUUUUAGCAGUAUAUAUAUAUAUAUAUAUAUAUAUAUAUAAUGAAUGACACACCUGAUAAUGACAUCACCACCUCUUGUGGAAGGUUUGGAUAUUGUCUUCAUUGUGUCAGGGCAAACACACACACACACGUGACAGGUCGUAAUUGCAUUCUUAAAGAGAUUCUCCGGUACUUUUAUAUACUUUUUAGCCAGUAGUUCUGAAAGUAUAACUCACGAGCCAAAAGUGGUCCCUGAAAAUUGCGUUCUACGUCACAUAUGUGCAGGUAUGUGAACCACAUCAUUGCUCUCUCUGCUGUUUGUUAAUCUCUGCUGUGCUCUCACUCAAAUGGUGAGGGGGCUGAAGCUCAUUGACACAUCCAGCCCAAAGUGGGAGGUAAAAAAUAUAUAUACUUAGUAGUCGCCAAAGUUCCAGAGCAUGUCUUUAAUUGACUUACCUGUAUAAAUAGAAAAUAAACAGACCCACCCUCACCCGUCUGUCUCUCUCUCUCCUACAGGAUCUGUGACAUAGCCCUGAGGGUGAUCAUGCGUGCCAUGUGGUUCUGUGGAGGGUUCCAUUGGGUGACGGUGAAAGGGGAACCGGCCCCGCCCUCGCAGGCGCCCAUCCUCACCCUGGCCCCUCACUCGUCCUACUUCGACGCCAUCCCCAUCACCAUGACCAUGGCCUCUAUCGUCAUGAAGACCGAGAGCAAGAACAUCCCUGUAUGGGGCAGUGAGUAGUCGUCUUCAUCCCUCUGUCAUCUUCAUUCAAUAUUAGGAAGAGGAAGACAAUGGGUCUUCCUCACCUCUCUCUCUCUUUCUCUGUCUCUUCCUCAUUUGUCAGACUUUUUUGGUCUUUCUCAUUGUCUAGGGAAGUGUGUACUGUAGUCUUCAUCUUCAUUCUCUCUCUGGUACCAUAGUCUUCCUCAUUUCUCUCUGUCUCUGUCAAGGGCGUUGAGAACCAUAGUCUUCGGAUAGAUACUGACUGAUGUGUGUUAGUGAGGUUAUCAGACUGGACAUGAAGGGGGGAGGGGAGUGAAUGGGUAGGGAGGUGGUGAGGCCAGGUGUAAAUUAUUAGCAUAUUCUCGUUAUCUCGUUAUCUCAUUAUAACAUUAUUAUUAGUCGUCAUGCUAAUCACUAAUCUCUCGAUCAUCCCUAUAUUUCCCUCCCUCUCUCUCCCCCUUCCCCCACCUCCCCUUCUCUCCCCACUGUCUUUCCCUCAUCUCCUCCCUCCCUCUCUCCCCCUUCCCCCACCUCCCCUUCUCUCCCCACUGUCUUUCCCUCAUCCCCUCCCCCUUCUGUCUCUCCCUCCCCCUGCCCCACCAGCUCUGAUAAAGUUCAUAAGGCCAGUGUUCGUGUCGCGGUCGGACCAGGAUUCUCGUCGGAAGACGGUCGAGGAGAUCAAACGCAGAGCCCAUGCUGGAGGGAAGUGGCCUCAG